AUGGACAAAAAUAUAUCCGACAAUUCUUCAUGCGCGUACAAUGAUACAGUGGAUAUCUACAUGUACCCAGCGGUCUACUCUAUCUUUUUCAUCUUUGGAUUUCCAAGUAACUGUUUGUCAUUAUACAUAGCCUGGGUGCAAAUGCAAAAGGGAAACAGCCUGGGAGUCUACUUGGUCAAUCUGUCCAUUUCUGACUUGUUAUAUAUCAUCACCCUGCCUGUAUGGAUUAUGCUGCCUCUGAAGCAGACAGUGAACAAUACUCUUUGCAGCCUCAUCGAGUUGAUCAUGUACAACAGUUUCUAUGUGGGUUCAGGACUGCUCUGCUGUAUUUCUGUGGACCGCUACCUUGCUAUCGUCUUUCCUCUGCACUUUGCCAGAGUGCACAAGGUGCGAACAGCAGCCUUGGUGAGCAUGUUAGUCUGGCUCACAGAGAUCUCUCUGCACAUUGGCCUCUUGGUAUACACAGAUGAACUGCAUCAAUUAUCUUCCAAGCGAUUAUGCGAGGCGAAGAUCCCUUUGGACACACGCAGAGCACACGUGGCUAUAAUUCGGGUGGUACUGUCAUUCCUUAUCCCUUUGUUCCUGAUGGCUUUCUGUUUUCACCAGAUCAUGAUGUCUCUCAAGAAAAGUCCAUCCACAGCGGCCAAUGAGUGUGACAAGAUCCGCAAUUUGUUGUUGCUUCUCUUGCUUGUAUACGUGGUUUCGUUCACCCCCUUCCAGGUUGUUAUGUUUGUCAGGGGGUUGUUGGAGAAUAAUAACUGUGUCUUUGCCAGACAAAUAAGAAACAGCUACAUGGUGUUUGUUGCAACCACAACAAUUAAUAGUGUAUUAGAUCCAAUAGUGUAUUGUUUAAUUACUCCAAGUGCCAAGACAGAAAUACGAAGAAUUUAUAUGAAGUGUCAGAGUCGAUUAUUUAAAACUGUUUCUCUAAUGAGACAACUUUCCUCCUCUACUGCAUGAUAAUAAUACAAUACAUUUAUGAAGCAGACGUGUCAUUCUCAUCUCAUUAUCUCUAGCCGCUUU